UUUUUUUUUCUUCUCUCUUUUGGCCGUGCGCACAGUGGGUCAUGCACGCUGGCCUUGAAUGCCUUCAGCGCUUGGAUCUCUGAUAGAGCCUCGGCACAGAUCAAGACGGCGUCGUUGAGGAACGGCACCGCAGGUAAGCCCAAUCCUCCAAAAUCAACGGCACGGCACGCCCGAAUCCAAAGCUCCAUUUUUUUUUUUCUUUCCAAAAGUUACAAAGAGACCGUUAUUCCCGCCACCGGUCGUUACCGCCGACCAUAGCUGGACGUCGACGACCCCAUCGCCACAGUUGACCGUCGGAUUCGUUGAAAUAUCGCCGGAUCGCUGGGAACUCGUUAGGAGCUACAUGGAUUCACCGAGCCAAAAUACUUCGUUGCAACGGCUUCAAAAUGUGGAGAAGCGGGUAGUUAGGGUUUUGGAGCUGGCAGGAGGGGUUAUGGAUGAGCUGGCCAGCCCAACUGGACCCAGAAAGGACUUCAUCAACAACCACUGCCUCGAGUUCAUGCAAUUGAUCAAGGACAUCCAAGUCACACUGCGUGAUGAAAUCAAAAGUGCAUGCGAAUACCGUCCAUUUGAGAAGUGUGAUUACAGUUCAAGAAUUGCUAAUGAGAUCUGUUGCAAGAAACUGGAAUACGUCAUUUCCCAGAUGGAUGGAAUGAAACAGAUUGUUGAUGACUACCAUGGUCCAGUUUGAAGAUGCAGAUACAGGAUUUGUAGCUAAUUGGCAGUAUGCGACUGAUUUGUAGAAGGAAUGAGGAAAAUCUGGACUGGAGCUUGGUGGCUUAGAACUUAGAAGCAUUAAGAAUAUGGGGAUGUUUCCCUUGAUCUUUGUCAAACUUUUUUAGGGGAUUGGAGGAGCACGUGAAAUAUAUUCAUGUGAUUAUUCUGUAUUUGGUUAGAUCACUUCAGAAGUGUAGGAGGGAACUGUAAUUUUAUCUUCAAGAGAUUCUUGGUUAGCAAAAUCUUCUUAUGUUGCUGUAUCUUGAUGUUCAGUGCUAUAUCACAUCCAUGUCUAAUAUAUUCAUGGUCAGUUAUCGUUGCUAGAA